AGCAGAGCGUGCCUCCGGCCCGCCGCAGGCCCUGCACGCUACCAUGGUGCCACAGCCCCCGCAGUCCCGGGGACCGCUGCGGCAGCACAAGCCGCCGAGGCCGAACGGGGGCCGAGGCUGGGGCCUUCGGGUAGUGGGCCUGUGAACGCCCGCAGUCUCCGCGCCCGACUCCUCCUCCUGCUUUCCCGGGCACGGGCGGCGACCGCCGGACGAUGAACGGCCCCGGCCGCCCCAGAGGCUGAGCCCGCCGCACGGCGCCCCGGCCUCGCCCUCACGGCCGCUCCCCAUGGCCUUGCCGGGGUCCCCGGGCUGCGGCGCGCUCGCCGGCUCCGCGUCGUCGUCGUCGUCCGUCUCCUCGGGCGGCUCGGCCUCUGCUGCGGCCUCGGCCGGAGCGGGGCUGUGGGCCGCGCUGUACGACUACGACGCGCGCGGCGAGGACGAGCUGAGCCUGCGACGCGGCCAGCUGGUGGAGGUGCUGUCCCAGGAUGCCGCCGUAUCGGGCGACGAGGGCUGGUGGGCAGGCCAGGUGCAGCGGCGCCUCGGCAUCUUCCCCGCCAACUACGUGGCGCCGUGCUGCCCAGCCGCCUGCUCUGCGCCGCCUCCCGGCCGCCCGCCGCCGCGGCCCGGCUCGCCAGUGCACGUCGACUUCGAGCGGCUGGAGCUCAAGGAGUUCAUCGGCGCCGGCGGCUUCGGGCAGGUGUACCGUGCCACCUGGCAGGGCCAGGAGGUGGCGGUGAAGGCGGCGCGCCGGGACCUGGAGCAGGACGCGGCGGCUGCGGCCGAGAGCGUGCGGCGGGAGGCGCGGCUCUUCGCCAUGCUGCGGCACCCCAACAUCAUCGAGCUGCGCGGUGUGUGCCUGCGACAGCCGCACCUCUGCCUGGUGCUUGAGUUCGCCCGUGGCGGAGCGCUUAACCGCGUGCUGGCUGCCGCCAACGCCACGCUGGACCCGCGCGCGCCCGGCUCGCGCCGCGUGCGCCGCAUCCCCCCGCACGUGCUGGUCAACUGGGCGGUGCAGAUUGCGCGGGGCAUGCUCUACCUGCACGAGGAGGCCGUCGUGCCCAUCCUGCACCGGGACCUCAAGUCCAGCAACAUUUUGCUACUCGAGAAGCUAGAGCAUGAUGACAUCUACAAUAAGACACUGAAGAUUACAGAUUUUGGGUUAGCAAGGGAAUGGCACAGGACAACCAAAAUGAGUGCAGCAGGCACCUACGCCUGGAUGGCCCCAGAAGUUAUCAAGUCUUCCUUGUUUUCUAAGGGAAGUGACAUCUGGAGCUACGGAGUGCUGCUGUGGGAACUGCUCACAGGAGAAGUCCCCUACCGUGGCAUUGAUGGUCUUGCUGUGGCUUAUGGAGUAGCAGUCAACAAGCUCACUCUGCCCAUUCCAUCCACCUGCCCUGAGCCAUUUGCCAAGCUCAUGAAAGAAUGCUGGCAACAAGACCCUCAUAUUCGUCCAUCAUUUUCCUUAAUUCUUGAACAACUGACUGCUAUCGAAGGGGCAGUUAUGACUGAAAUGCCUCGGGAGUCUUUUCAUUCCAUGCAAGAUGACUGGAAGCUGGAAAUUCAACAAAUGUUUGAUGACCUGAGAACAAAGGAAAAGGAGCUGCGGUCCCGUGAAGAGGAGCUAACCCGAGCAGCCCUCCAGCAGAAGUCCCAGGAGGAACUGCUCAAGCGACGUGAGCAGCAGCUUGCAGAACGUGAGAUUGACGUGCUUGAGCGGGAGCUUAACAUUUUGAUAUUCCAGUUAAAUCAGGAGAAACCUAAUGUAAAGAAGAGGAAGGGGAAGUUUAAGCGAAGUCGGUUGAAGGUCAAAGAUGGACAUCGAAUCAGUUUACCUUCAGAUUUUCAGCAUAAAAUAACUGUGCAGGCUUCUCCCAACUUGGACAAACGGAGGAGUUUGAACAGCAGCAGUGCCAGUCCACCCAGUAGCCCCACUGUGAUUCCAAGACUCCGAGCUAUACAGUUGACUAAAGAUGGAAGCAAUAAAACUUGGGGAAGGAGCACAGUCUGUCAGCAAGAAGAAUUUGAAGAUGUAAAAAGGAAUUUCAAGAAAAAGGGUUGUACCUGGGGACCAAAUUCAAUUCAAAUGAAAGAAAGAACUGAUUGCAGAGAAAGAGUAAGACCUCUCUCAGAUGGCAACAGUCCUUGGUCAACUCUCUUAAUAAAAAAUCAGAAAAACAUGCCAUUGGCUUCAUUAUUUGUGGACCAGCCAGGUGCUUGUGAAGAAUCAAAACUUCCUCUGGAUGGAUUAGAACACAGAAAACCAAAGCAAAUGAAAUUACCUAGUCAGGCCCACGUGGAUCCGCUGCUCUGGAGAGAGGGCCCAAGGGAGAGUCCAGUGGAGCCUGAAGGCUGGGCGGACAGGUCCUGGGGGAGCCCUGCCUUGGGCGCCACUUGGGGGACCCCCACAGGUAGUCUGAGCAGAUCGCCCCAGAGGAAGAAAACUGAGGCCGUGCUGUUUGGCUGUACUGCGCUGCUGGCAUCGGUGGCACUUGGCCUGGACAUCCGGGAACUGAGCAGGGCACCAGCUGCCGAUGAACUGUCGCCCAGGGAGGACAGGAAGAAGUGUGAGGGCAUUUUCCUGCGUGCCGCCAAGUCCCACAGCAGCACCAGCCCUGCCACCGGGGCCACCUUGGGCGACGGGCCGCGCAGCCCCACCAUGUUCCCGCUGGGUGCCCCAAGCCCCCUGAACGCACUGUCCCUUUCUGCCAAGGGUGGGUUGCCUUCCUGCCUUGGGAACUACCUCGAGGGUAGCGCACACUUCACUUGCGACCCCAAAAAGCCUGCUGCUGGAGGGGGCAGUCGUGGUGAGCCAAGCUCCAGGCCAGCACCGGGAAUUGACUGGAGGGCGGCAAAAGCGCCGUCACCCCUGCAGAUGGGCCAGCCUUGCUGUGCUUGCUCUGCAGGCAGAGCCAUGCUUCGCAGACCCACCAUGGUUGAGGGCAGUGCCCUUCGCACAACUGGUCCUCCUAUGGUGUCAGCCACUGGAGCCUCUGACGUGCUGCCUGAGCAGAUUUGGGGGAUUCCCCACUCCCCACCUGGUCCUCACAGUCAGCUGCCAAGUGAGGUCCUGCCUGAGACCCAAAGAGCUGUGCUCGUACCCCAGCCUCCUGCCCUGAGAAGCCAUGUAGAGCCACCACAGAGAACAGAGUCUCAACCCACAGAGGCCAGCCCCAUAGUGUAUGGCCUGGGGCCCACGCCUCCCUGUUCCCUCUGUGACAUGGAGAGAACUAAAUCCCAUGUGCCUCUCUUACUGGAUGCUGAUGUGGCAGGCCAGAGCCAGGAAUGCACGCUGCCUUUGUGCAGGAUAAAGAGCAAAGCCGGAGGACCAUCUAUACAUGAAGUGGGGAGAAAAUUUAUGUCCUAAGUGCCUUCUGCUGUUGAAGCAGUUUUGUUUUUUUUAAGAUGAACGAAGUAAAAUAAUGUGUCUGUCUUUGAAUUGGUUCAUGCUGUUGUGUUUUCAAAAGCUGUGGCCAUGUUGCUAAAAUAGUAAUGGAUGUCUAGCCUCAAGAAAUGUGUGGGAUUGCCGUUAGCUGCCUAUAGUUUUUCCCACUGGAUUCCUGAAGUACAUACAAGUAUAAAACCAGAAAUCUAUAGCAACGUACAACUGGGCUGGGUGGAGUCAUCUUAAGCACAGUGCCGACGCUCUGUAUGCUCUCACGUCACCCUUGUCGGCCACACACCUGGACCAUGACGAGCUCCCUGCCUCCAUCCUUUGUCUCCUUCCUUCUUUGUUUCUUUCUGUUAUUUAUGCGACUAAAAGCCAGGAAUGAUGUGGUGAUAUCAGAAAGUAAAGGUACCUAUUUUAAAGAAGAAAAUUGAUGACUAGAAUAGAUGGGAAUUCUAUUUUGACUACCUAAACUCAGCAAGAGGCUUAUAAUGAAUAAAUAUGCCAGUUCUCGCCUAAAUUAUGCAAUAUUUCUCUCUUUGAGGAAACUUUACUGAAUGUAACUUAUAAAAGUUUUACUGAAUGUAAGUUGCAAAAAUUUUAUCCAGUGGAGCUCCAAAAUAGAUUUUUGAAAUAUAAUUGUCAUUUGCCAAGACCAUGUUGUAAACACAGAUGCCAAUCUGGAGGUUCUUCCUGUUGAAGGGCUUCUUCAUCAGUGGCCAUUUAUUUGGAAUCCAGAAGUAGCAGAGUUUCAUUUUAUAGAAAUCUUCAUUCUGUAGAUUUUUCAUUCUGUAGGAGACUUCUUAACAAGUGACACAUCUAUCAUGUAUUGUAAACAUGUCAUGUGAUUUUUCCUUUAAAUACAUAAUUAUACUAAUCCAAAUACGGUAAGAGAGAAGCACUGCUAAGUCAAGAAACAGCAGCACUAUUUGAAUUGAAGUAUUUUCUGGUUAUUUCACAUUUCAGUUAAUUGUGGACAAAUGUUAAACAUCUGGAGAUAAGCUGAUAUGGUGGGAAGGACAAAAUAUUAUAAAUUAUUUUCAGGUAUGCGUUUAUAAAAUGGAUUGUUGGAUAGCAGAUCAGGACUUUAAAUUAUUUUAAAAUUAUUUUGAGUCACUUUCAUAAAUCAUACAUAAUUAAUACAAAUAGACUACUGAAUUCUUAAACCACCCAGGAACUUGGUAAAUUUGCCUGGGUUUCUAUUAAAUGUAUUAUGCUUCCCGCUGUCACUAGAAUAGUUAUUCAAAUGACAGAGUAAGUAUUUUAAAAUUUGCAAACAGUGAAUAAACUGCAAACAUUACUUGAGAUUCAUUUAAAGUUUUACCUUGGUUAAGGUUUUCUAUGUAAUUGAAAUGUCAGCAAUUUAAAUUAAAUUAGGUAUGAUAAAAUAUCUAGAGUUGAAGAAAGGAAAAUUAUAUUAUUUGGCCAUUUUGGAACAUCUUAGUCACCCGGUAUCAAUAGUGAAUGACAUGAGAGGAUUAUAUUAACAUAAGCACCUUUUGCCGUAAUGAUAACCAUCUUGUGUUUUUAGUUUCUUGCAGCAAAAUCUCAGGCACUUAACUACAUUUUGUUAUAUUAUUGUCCAUUCUAUGAUUUGGCUUUAAUUUGGGGUGGUUGUUUAGUUAUGUAAUUUAGAUUUGGUUUCCUCAAAAUGUUACUGCAUUUGAAACUAUGGUUGGUUCCUUUGGAGUCAGUCAUUUGGGGGCAUGUAACUUCUGACAAAAAGUAAAGGAAACACAUACCUAAAAUAAUUCAUGAAUGAAGCACAAAAACUAUGUUCUCCAUUUCGCUUCUACCAAAAUUGUGUGUGUGUGUCUGUGUCUGUGAGGGGUUGGAGGUAGUUGUAGGUGUUCAUCUGUCUUGCCCUCUACUUUGUCCCUGCUCCACUUCAGCUUUAUUUUAGCCAGCUGUAUCUUAUGAUGAAUUUUGAGAUGAAGCUUCUUAAUAAAAGCUAAUUGUGAUACAAGGAUUCAUCUCAGCUAUUAUUGCAGAUAGUUUAUUUUUUGGUAAGAUCUGUUGUACAUUUGCAAUUUUCUGUAUAUGAGUGUACUUAGCAGCAUCUAGUUAUUUAUUUUCAUUUAUACUUAAUUAGCUCACUGAAAGAUAAAUUAAGCUGAUUACUAUUAGUCAACAAUUAAGGUGCUCCCACUGCAGAGAUUUAAAGCCUGAGCCUGACAUGCUAUAUUACGCCUUGUGACUGAAAAUGUUUACAUAUGUUGUCUGUUUUUUUAAUAAACUUUUUUUUAUA